AUGAUAUGUGCAACUUUGGUCGCUGGUCUCGCCCCGUUGAAGGUGCUACGGUAUCUGCGUCAAAGUGCUGCACGCGCUUCCUCGUCAAGGCAGCACAAACACGUGUCUCUUGUACUUUGUCUGCUUACUUGCUUCUCUGGAGGUGUUUUCCUGGCCACUUGCUUUCUACACCUCUUUCCAGAACUUGUUGAUAACAUUAGAAAACUCGAUGAGGUUUAUAACUUCUAUGUCGAUUAUCCACUCGCCGAGCUACUUAGCUGCGCUGGAUUCUUUUUGUUAUUUUUCCUUGAGGAGGUUGUUAUCAUUUCAAUCCCGUCACUCGCACAUUCUCACGCUGAAGCCCAUGGCGGACAUGGUCAUGGCUUUUGUGAAAGUUCACCCCUGACUGCUGCAGAAGGCAGUUGCUGUAUGACGGGACGGAUCGUACAAUCUCCCCUCGUAGAUGACCAUUCACGUCAGUUCCUCCUAAUCAUUUAA